GAAAAGCAACAAACAUGUGCUCUUCUCGUUCUAUUCCACUUGUUUAAUAUUUACAAAUACCUAAUAAGAAUGGAAAUAAUUAAGUAGAACAACUACGACUUAUUUUAACACCUUCACAAUGGGCGAAAAUAAAGAAAACGAAAGCGUGCGGACUUCAAAAGUGCCAGACAUCAACGACUUCUGCAUCAUCAAGCCAAUCAGCCGUGGCGCGUUCGGCAAGGUUUUCCUCGGUUGCAAGAAAACCAACAACGAGGUGAUGUAUGCUAUCAAAGUGAUGAAGAAAACCGAGAUGGUUAAUAAGAAUAUGGUUUCACAAGUCGUCAAUGAACGCAACGCUUUAGCGCUAACAAGUCCAUUCUGCGUCCAGCUUUAUUACUCGCUCCAAACAGCAUCAUCAGUCUACUUAGUAAUGGAGUUCAUGGUUGGAGGUGAUCUCAAGUCUCUUCUGAGUGUGUAUGGCUUCUUCGACGAAGUUAUGGCCGCAUUUUACGUGGCGGAAGUUUGUCUUGCCCUACAAUAUUUACACAAUCACAACAUAAUUCACAGAGACAUCAAACCUGAUAAUAUGCUACUCUCCCGAGAUGGACAUGUGAAACUCACGGAUUUCGGCCUUUCUCGCGUCCACAUUCAUCGAGAUCUUGAAAAGAGUGACUUUGAGAAUGGCACACCCAACUUGUGUGCAAGAACACCUGGCCAACUGCUGAGUUUAACUUCGCAUCUGAGUUUUGGUUCUGCUUCUGACACUGACAGUACAAAUAAAUUUGAAAUGUCAUCAGUGCUAAUGGAACAUUCAAAGAAUUUGAAUGAAAGUGGUGUGAUACCAUUCCAGACUGUCAAUGGCAUCACACCAACUUUACCUUUGGAGAGCACACAGUAUCAUUCCUGCCUGCAUUGCAGCAAUCAAAGUACUGGUUCAGGAGUAUCAGCUUCAUCUUGUACAUCGCCUGUAAGUCAUCGGGUACCAUCAAGGUGUUGUCAUUAUCAAUUGCGGGGUGAGCGAAAGAGAAAGUUUCGAUCACCGUCACCAGCCAAACGGAAAGCAUACGUGCGGACAGGUUUAACAGGCGAGAUGGAGAUUUUAAGGGUGGAUUCAACGAGUCCACCGAAAGGAAUCACAUUCAGUACGCCUGUUUCAACGCAAAAACCACAGAAUCCUAAACAUAUAUUGAGAUUUGACUUGCCACAAGGUAAAGAUUCAGAUAUUAUACCCACAAAACCGUUGCCUACCUUAGAAAAAGCCGAAAAUGAAAGCAAAGAAUUGGUCUCACCAUUGAACACAACCCCUAUUACAUUCCGAACGCCUUAUAGAACGCCAAAAUCUGUUCGACGCGGUGAUUGGUCAUCCGAUAGUCGUAUUUUAGGCACACCGGAUUAUUUAGCACCGGAAUUACUCCUGCAAAAGGGGCAUAAUUGCGCUGUGGAUUGGUGGGCGCUUGGUGUCUGUUACUAUGAAUUUGUAACUGGUAUUCCUCCGUUUAACGAUGACAGCGCCCAGAAAGUGUUUAAGAAUAUUUUGGAGCGUAAUAUCGACUGGCCUACCGAUGAUGAAGCGCUGAGCGAGCAAACUGUUGGUGCCAUUGAAAGCUUGUUGACUUCGAAUGCUGAAGAUAGGCCACAGGCGAAGGAAGUGAUGGAAAUGGCGAUUUUUGCGAACACUGAUUGGGAUAAUCUACUGCAGACUACCCCGCCGUUUGUUCCGGAUCCGUACGACCCGCAGGAUACUGGAUAUUUUCAGGCUCGCAACGAAUUGCUUAAUUUUAACGUGUCUACUUUUGAUUUGUAAAAUUGUAAAUUUUUAAGCGUGUAUUUAUUUAUUUUUAGAUCGAUUUUACGGUGUGUUGAACAUAUACAUGUAAAAUAUUAAUAAAUUCUCAUGGACUAAUCGUA